AUGGGCGGAGCUGCGGCAUGCCUUCGCUUGCUCGCCCUCCUCAGCCUCCUGCUGGCGAUUGAAGCUCGCCGCAGGCGGCUUCAGGCCGACGACAGCGUGCAGGCUGCCGUGCUGGGUAGCAGCGUCGCCCGCCCGGCGGGCGCGUUUGUUGCCGCCCUGUACUUCGCUGAAGAGGGCUGGGGAUGCACCGGGUCCCUCAUUGCCAGCAACGUGAGCUUCUAUGAUGAUGACGACUACUUUUACAAGCCCUCCAAAGUGCGCAUCGGGUCUUACGACCUGAGCAAGGCGGGAGGAAAGGACUUCAAAGUGAAGAGUGUCAUUGUGCACCCAGACUACGCAGACGAUCCCAACGGCGAGAGCGACAUUGCCCUGAUUGUGCUGGCCAGCAAGUCCAAGGCGACACCCAUCAAGCUGGCGGCGGCCAGCGCUGCGAAGAAGCUCAAGGAUCAGGCUGCUGUGUGGGCGGCAGGGUAUAGCGACGGCAACGACUUUACGACCCUGAGGCGCUUCUCCACGCCUUACAACACCCGCGCCACAUGCGAGGAACGGCUUGAAGACGACCCCUCCACCACCGCUCGCACCAUCUGCACCGGCCCGCCCAGCAAGAUGACAGGGCAGGGCGUGUGCGAUGGCGACUCAGGGGGGCCGCUCAUUCUUGGCUCCAAGCCUCCCUACACCCUUCUGGGCGUGCUGUCCGAAGCCACCCAGGACAAGCUCUGCUCCACCGGCCGCACAUCAUUGGCCUUUUGGGGCAGCAUCGCACACUUCCGCCCCUGGAUCGAUAACCAGCUAGCCAAGGCGUGGUACGGAGUGCACGUGCGGCUGCCGUGGGGCGGCGCCGCACACGAGCCGCCGCCGCCCAGCGGCUACCUCACUCUCAUCCCGCUGUCAGACGCGCGGCUGCAGCCCCGCGACACGCGCGUCACCGCCGCCUUUCUGCUGCUGUUUGCGUGCGUGGUAGCGGGGGCGGUGUUUGUGGCGGUGCCGCGGGCGGUGAGCGUGGGGGAGAUCACGGUGAAGGCGGACCGCAUGAGCUGGAAUACGACCAAGUCCACGUACCAGCUGAAGCUGCUGGCGCAGAUGCCCGUGUACAAUCCCAACUUCCUCUCAGCUUCCAUAGAGGGCGACCUGCACGUGCUCUUCUACAAGACCGUCGCCGGCGCGGGGCACAUCAAGCCACAGCGCCUGCCGCCAAGAGCCGCCCCCAAGAGCCUGGGCGUUGCCAUUGAUGCCAGCGACGUGCCCUCAGACUACAUUCUGGCCAUCCUCAGCCAGUGCUCCACCUUCCCGGAGGUCCUCAUCUUCUUCCUCAAGGGCAAGCUGACGGCGAGGUACAUGUGGCAGCGGCAGCACCUGGCAACGAUAGAUACCUAUUUCAUGAUCAGCUGCCUGGAUCCAUAA